UUUGUCCUGGGACAGACAUGAAAUUGGAGUUGUCGUUCAGCUUAGAGAACCAUUACUACACACUGCGCAAACAAUAUGAGAACUGCCGUGAGGUCCAGGGCAACCUAGAGAUCACGUACCUUACAGGGAACCUCAACCUAUCCUUUCUACAGAAUAUUCAAGAAGUCCAAGGUUAUGUUUUAAUAGCACACAAUGCAGUCGACUACAUUCCUCUAGAAAAUCUACGCAUCAUACGAGGAAGCCAGUUGUAUGAGGGUCAGUUUGCACUGGCCGUCCUGUCUAAUUUUAACUCGACUGGUGCCGGUCUCCGAGAACUUCGUAUGAAAAGUCUGACAGAAAUCCUGGUGGGGAAUAUUCGGAUCAGUGAUAAUCCCUGGCUCUGUUACCAAGAGACCAUCCAAUGGGAUGAUAUUCAGGACAAGAACAACAUGUAUCCUUUUGUAGGAUCAGUGGACUUUAACCGGACAGUAGAAUGUGUUAACUGUAGCUACUGUGAGUCAGGAUCAUGCUGGGGCUCAGGUCCUGAAUAUUGCCAGAUAUUGACUCGGAAGAUUUGUGCUCCUGAGUGUCUGUCUCGAUGUAAAGGACGAGACCCAACUGAUUGCUGCCACAGCCAGUGUGCCGCAGGCUGCACUGGACCGAAAGACACUGACUGCCUGGCCUGUCACUAUUUCAGCAAUGGUGGAACAUGUCGGGGGGACUGUCCACCUCUCUACAUCUACACAUCUCAUAAAUACCAUCUGGAGCGCAAUCCUGAUGGGAAAUACAUCUUUGGAGCCAGCUGUGUCAAAAAGUGCCCACAUAAUUACUUAGCGACCAAUGUGGGCUCGUGCACUCUGAACUGUCCAAACAACACCAGGGAAGUGAACAGAGGAGGUGAACAGAAAUGUGAGGGGUGUAGUCCCCCCUGUCCCAAAGUGUGUAAUGGUUUGGGUGUAAACAGCUGGAAGGGAGUGCGGGCUGUGAACUCGAACAACAUCGAUUCCUUCACUGGCUGCACCAAGAUCUUUGGAAGCUUGAUUUUUCUUAAUAAGACUUUCUAUGGUGACCCAACUACAAAGACUCCACCCCUGGAUCCAAGAAAGCUUCAGGUCUUUGCUCCUUUGACAGAAAUCACUGGGUAUUUAUAUAUUGAGGAAUGGCCACAGAAUUUUACUGACCUCAAUGUAUUCGAGAAUCUUGCUGUCAUCCGAGGGCGAUUGUUAUACAGAGGUGCUUAUGCAUUGUUGGUGCAGAAUCUCCAGAUACAGUCCAUGGGUUUGCGCUCUCUGAAAGAAAUUAGUAAUGGGAUGGUAUUCAUUCACCAAAACCUGAACCUCUGCUAUGUCAACUCUAUUCCCUGGAACCAACUAUUUAAGGAGGAACAUCAGGAGGCAUUGAUAACGGCCAACAAACCGCAGGAUACCUGUAAAGCUGAAAAGCGCACUUGUCACAGCUUGUGUACAAACAGCACAUGUUGGGGCCCAGGACCAACAAACUGCAUCUCCUGUAAAACAUUCUUUCGAGGCCGGGAGUGUGUGGAAUCAUGCAACUUACAUGAGGGGGUGGUGAGGGAGUAUCUAAGUGAGUCAUCCUGCAUUCAGUGUCACAAGGAAUGUCUCCAACAGAUCAGAAACCUGACCUGUACUGGAAUGGGGGCUGAUGACUGUGUGGAAUGCGCUCAUUACAGGGAUGGUACGCAGUGUGUGGAGAAAUGUCCAAGUGGGUUACAUGGGCAUGUUUGGAAAUAUGCCGAUGAAAACAACGUCUGUCAACUGUGUCCAACAAACUGUAGUCAUUCGUGUACAACUGGUGAAGAUGGAUGUCCUGAGGAGCCUAUUCACAGCCAGGUGACCUCAGUGGUGGCAGGAAUAGUGGGAGCACUACUCUUUGCAGUCCUUAUGAUUCUUCUUGUUAUCUGGUUCAAACGCAAGAAGCGACUGAAGCGGAAACACACAAUGCUGAGACUCCUGGAAAGAGAGCUGGUUGAACCACUGACCCCAAGUGGAGUUGUUCCAAACCAGGCCCAUAUCCGAAUCCUGAAGGAAACUGAAAUGAAGAAAGUUAAAAUUCUGGGAUCUGGUGCCUUUGGGACAGUUUACAAGGGAGUCUGGAUGCCGGAGGAUGAAGAUGUGAAGAUUCCUGUUGCUAUUAAGGUUUUAAGAGAGGGAACGUCUCCAAAAGCUAACAAAGAUAUCCUGGAUGAGGCAUACAUAAUGGCGGGAGUGAGUAGCCCUUACGUCUGUCGUCUGCUUGGAAUCUGCCUGACAUCUACUGUUCAGCUGGUAACACAGCUGAUGCCAUUUGGAUCCCUACUGGAUUAUGUCCGAGAAAACAGGGACCGAAUUGGAUCUCAGCAUCUCCUCAACUGGUGUGUGCAGAUCGCAAAGGGAAUGAACUAUCUGGAAGAUUACGUUCGAUUGGUCCAUCGUGAUCUUGCUGCAAGGAAUGUCCUUGUGAAAAGUUCAAACCACGUGAAGAUCACAGACUUUGGGCUUGCUAGGCUGCUGGACAUUGAUGAGACAGAAUAUCAUGCAGAUGGCGGGAAGGUUCCAAUUAAAUGGAUGGCAUUGGAGUCCAUUUUGCACCGAAAGUUCACCCACCAAAGUGACGUCUGGAGUUAUGGAGUAACGGUCUGGGAGUUGAUGACGUUUGGAGCUAAACCAUAUGAUGGUCUCCCGGCUCGUGAGAUCCCUGACCUGCUGGAAAAGGGAGAGCGACUCCCACAGCCCCCGAUCUGCACCAUUGAUGUCUACAUGAUCAUGGUUAAAUGCUGGAUGAUCGACUCGGAAUGUAGACCCAAGUUCCGGGAAUUGGUGACAGAGUUUACUAAAAUGGCCCGAGACCCUCCCCGAUAUGUGGUAAUCCAGGGUGAUGAGCAGAUGGUCCUUCAGAGCCCCACCGACAGUAAGUUCUACCGCACUCUCCUGGAAGAUGAGGACAUGCAGGAUCUGAUCGACGCUGAAGAGUAUCUGGUACCACAUCAGGGGUUUUUCACCACUCAGCCCCGCACCCAUUACAGGAGCAGAAUGUCAUCUUCCAGAAGUGCAACAAGUGUGGCAGAAGUAGAAGGUCAGGGGUCAGAGGCUGCACAAAUCUCUGGCCUGGUGUCUGGUGCUUCACAAACAGUUGCUGCCUGUGUCGACACUUGCACUGAGGCUGAGAAUUCAGGAUGUAGAGGAGUGCCCUGCUGUCCUACCAGAGAGGACAAUGUCACUCAGCGAUACAGCUCCGAUCCCACAGUGCAUCUGACCGACGAGGGAGAAGAUGAGGUGGAUAGUUACAUCUCACUGGGCUCUGAUCAAACUGAAACAGACUAUAUAAACCAGGCAGAUGAAACCUUAUCUCCCAGCCAAGCUCGAGGUAAUGCCAGGAAUGGGCCCCUGAUCCCAAAAAGUCAGUUCAGAAACACCGUGGAAAAUCCUGAAUAUUUGACUCAACAGAGUCUGUCUGGGAACAAGGACCUACCAUUUGAUCAUCCUGAUUAUUGGCCGCCUGAUCUCCAGAGCAGGUUACACUCUGGGAAUAAUCCUUGCCUGAGCCCUGCUACCCCGUCACUAACACAACCCAACGGAUACAUCCGGGUUGCAACAGCGGAGAACGCUGAAUAUCUUGGCCUGGCGGAGGCGAGCAGUGUGUAGAGGAAUCCGGCAGCUUCUGGUAUAAUCAGCUGUCUCACUGCCAGAAGACUGAACAGCAAUCAGAACCUAAGCGUAUUCAAAACAGAAGGACACAUCUCUCAUGUCUAACAGCAUCCGUUGAAAAGGCAGCUUAUUUUACUCAGCACCUUAACUAAAUCUUACUGUAAACAGGCUUUGGUGAGUGAGACAUUUGUUGGUGCCACAAUUUCUGUUCUGGAAUAUUUCACAAAAGAGCCCAGGUUAACUGGUGAAACUCUUCCGAGAUGUAGUGUAGGUGAACUGGCAGUAAACACCUUGCUGACCUAGGCCACUGAGCAAGAGCUUUUGGAAACGAGCAGGCAAAGUGUGAAAUGUUCCCUCAGAGUCCUGUUUUUAUUGUAACUCUAAAAAAAUCAUAAAACUAUUCACGAUUAGCAAUAAAAAAUUCCCAGUCUGAUCCAGGGAUUGCUGGUGAUUCGCUGUGAAUCCUUCAGGCCAUCCAGACUGGAUCCCACAUCUAAGAUCUGCUUGAGUCUCAGUGCAGCUACCCUUUUCUACGUAUUGCCCCUCCCCAACCCACCCUCUCCGCAGGUGCAGUGACUAGACCCUCUCAACCUCUUCCCUGAGUGUUGGCCAUUCCCUUGCCACCCCUGUGGUUUAGAUGUGAGGAAGGGUCUGAGCUUCUGAGAUACCGGGUGUCUGUUUCUGAUGGGAAUAGGCAGCAUCACAUUUAACAGAUAAGUAUUGCCCUGAACCCUGGUUGGGUGAAUCAAAGGACAGGCAGUGAGGAGCUGAUCCCGACUGGGGGAUGGAGGGUGAUACUGGGAUUUGAGAGAGAUCACAAGCAGCAGGCAAGAUGUGAGAAUUCACCGAACAACAUUAAGAGGAAUGAACUUUUUUUUUUGUAUAUGAAGUUUAAAGUUUGUACAACAGAAUGUUGGAAAUGAAUUGCUUUUGGUUUGGAGAAUGUUGUAGAAAUUACUCAAUUCUGAAAUUCAUGAGUUUUUAAAUCCAUUUGAUCAGAGUUUUUGUAUAUUCGAUUAUGGGGAAAGAGUUUUAUAUGUUUGUAAAAGAUAUUUUUUCUAGAAGUAUCCAUUUGAUGUGAAUGUUUCAAUAUGAGCACUUUUACUUGUUUCUGGGAAAUGGUUUGAUUUUAUUCUGAUUACAGCUGAUGGUGGAAUUGCCUAAGUGGCCCUCACUCCAUUAGCCAUCUGUACUGUUCCGUUGCAGGCUCAGAGCUGCUUUGUUUGAAUGGAGGGCCAGGCUGGAAUGAUUUACUGUUUGGUAAACUGGUCUUCAAUUAGACUCCAGUGCAGUUAGAGCUAUGCUGUGAUGAGGAUGCAUUCUUGAUCCUGUGGGUUUACCAAGUGCAGGUGACAGGAGCUUGUUAUUCCUCAGCAUGGACGAGGGUGUAAUAGUCACAUACUUAAAUUAAAAAUCUCACAACACCAGGUUAUAGUCCAACAGGUUUUCUUGGAAGCACUAGC